AUGGCUUCAGCAAUUGUUGUAGGAGAAGGGAGACUGGCCGCAUUUGUGACAAAACUCUUGUGCUCAAAUGGUACACCAGUGGCCCUCUAUGGAACGGGUAAACCGAUGCGGGAGUCCAUUGAAGCCUUAGUUCAGGAACAUGUCGAAAAGAUUUUUCCGCUGCAAUUUAUCGAUGAUCUCAGGCAUCAGCAAGAUAUGAUAGCUCGUCUCAUGGACAAUCUACGAAUGACCGAUGACGUUUCACGACUUCAUGGCGAUGUCAUCAUUGACGCUACCCGAACUUCAAAUUCGCCGAUACUGCGAGCCGUAAGACGUUUCUUUCCUGACGCUGCAGUGAUGAGCCUAGACGGCCCUGCCCACGAUGAAAAGACGAUCUCCGUUCAUCUCUAUGAACCUUUUGAAGUCACCCGAAUCGCACAGAUCAUUCCUCCUUUACCAGCUGAUUCCACUUCUGUCGCUCGUGUGCGUUCAAUAUUGAAUAAGGCUGACGUGGCCGAAGUAAACGCUGAACAGGGAGACUUUGCAGAAAAGGCUCUGAAUGCUUUGCGUGAUGAGGAUGCGACAACUCCUCAAUUUGAACAAGUAAUCGCCUCCAUCAUCCCAAAGCGAUCCCCUAUUAAUCAGACCCAUACGGUUAUGCAUUGA